AUGAGUACCGAGAACGUAGCCAAGUAUGGCAAAUCCGCCCAAGACGCCGGCAUGCCCGACGACAACAUAGAAGGAACUAUGUCAAACGUCGUUGGCGCUUCAGCAGAGUCGGGCCAGCUCAAGAGAGAAUUCAAAGAGCGACAUGUGUCCAUGAUUGCCGUCGCCGGUGCCAUCGGGACAGGACUCAUCAUUGGAUCUGGUACUGGCCUCGUCAGGGGCGGACCCGCAAGUCUUCUCAUCGCGUACACGAUCAUUGGAGCUGUGGUGUUCUUCAUGAUGACUGCGCUCGGAGAGAUGGGGACUAUGCUCCCGUCAGACAAAGGAUUUGCUGGCUAUGCCACUCGGUUCGUGGACCCCGCUCUCGGAUAUGCCACUGGUUGGAACUACUUCUUGAAGUACAUAGUCGUUCUUCCGAAUAACCUCACGGCAGCUGGGAUCAUCAUACAGUAUUGGCGACCUGAUCUCAAUGUUGCAAUCUUCGUCACAACUUUCACAGUGGCCAUCGUUGCCGUCAACUUUCUUCACGUCUCUUUCUUCGGCGAAGCGGAAUUCUGGAUGUCGGCAGUCAAGCUCCUGGUCAUCAUCAUGUUGAUCCUCACCUGCUUCAUCAUAUCCGUCGGCGGACAACCCUCCGGUGAAGUCAUAGGCUUCAAGUACUGGCACGACCCGGGAGCUUUCGGAUCUUAUCUCGUCGAGGGACCGACAGGCCGGUUCCUGGGUUUCUGGGCGGCCAUGGUCCAAGCCUGCUUCGCCUACACCGGCACCGAACUCGUCGGCGUUGCCUUUGGCGAAGCGCCGAACCCGCGGAAGACGAUCCGCACAGCUGUGCGCCAGACCCUGUGGCGAAUCGUCUUCUUUUACAUCGUCGGAGCCCUCGUUCUCGGCAUGUCGGUACCGUACACCAAUGAAAUGCUCAUCGGCGGUACCAAGAAGGGCACCGGGGCUGCCGCGAGUCCCUUCGUGAUUGCGGUGCAACUCGCCAAGAUCCCCGUCUUCCCUCACAUCGUCAACGCGAGUCUCCUCAUCUUCGUCAUCAGCGCGGCCAACUCGGACAUCUACAUCGGGUCCCGCACCCUCUUCGGUCUGGCUCGUGACGGGCAAGCCCCGGGGAUCUUUGCCAAGACUACGGAGAAUGGCGUCCCGGUGUGGGGUGUCGCGUUCACGAGUCUUUUUGCGUGCCUUGCGUACAUGAACGCGGCGAAGAACUCUUCCACGGUGUUUACGUAUCUCGUCAGCUUGGUCACCGUUUUCGGAACGUUGAACUGGGUCAGCAUUCUGGUCAGCUAUGUCCAGUUCACGAGGGGGAUGAAGGCGCAGGGUAUUUCCAGGGAUAUCAUGCCUUACCGCGGACCCCUACAGCCGUACGGGUCGUACUUUUCUCUUCUCAUCACGAUGUGCAUAGUCUUUUUCAAUGGCUACAACGCAUUCAUCCCCAAAUUCACGGUCUCCACGUUCAUGACCUCGUACAUUGGCAUUGCCAUCUAUCUGGUAAACAUCUUCAGCUAUAAAUUCUACGCAAAAACGAAGAAGGUCGGCCUCCGAGAUAUGGAUUUGUGGACGAACAGACUGGAGGAUGACGGCAGCAAAUAUCCCAGCACAAUCGAGAAAACCGCUGCAUGGCUUGUCAACUUGUCAAAAAGAGGAUAG